AUGGGACGCAAAGCGGACCCUGUAAGGAAGGCCCACUAUGUUACGAGGCUGGAAAAGGGUAAGGAGAUCAAUCAAUGCAACUACUGCGAUAAGGACUUCUCUCAGUCCAAUGUGCGCCAACUGAAAGAACAUCUGGCCAAUACUACCACCAGUGUAGCUUCAGCGAAUGUGCGAGAGAAGUAUGCCAAGUAG